AUGUCCCUCGCACCCUUUGCAGGCGUGCCCACACUCGGCAAUUACUUCGGCGCGUUGCAGAAUUGGGUCAGAAUGCAGGACGAGACCAAAACGUCUCUGUACAUGGUCGUAGAUCUACACGCAUUGACUAUACCGCAGAAUCCAGACACGCUUCGGGUGGGUAUUCGGGACAUGGCUAUGACGCUACUGGCGAUUGGGCUCGAUCCCCAGAAAUCAAUCAUAUUUCAGCAGUCCAAAGUGCGGCAGCACGCUGAACUCGGGUGGAUUCUGAGUUGUAUAUGCCCAUAUGGCAUGCUGGGAAAGAUGACGCAGUGGAAGGACAAAGGAGUGAAGCAGAACAAACAAGUCGGCCUGUUCACAUACCCGGUGCUACAAGCUGCCGACAUCCUAAUAUAUAGUGCAACGCAUGUGCCUGUAGGGGCAGACCAACGCCAACACCUGGAACUCACACGGGAUUUGGCGGGAAUAUUCAACCACAAAUACGAUACAGAUAUUCUCCGGUUACCCGAGGCCAUAUUCAACUCCUCUGAGAGAGUCAUGUCGUUUCGCGAACCCACCAAGAAGAUGAGCAAAUCAGAUCCCCACGACUACUCUAGGAUAAACUUAAAUGAUUCUGAUGAUUUAAUCAUGAAGAAGCUGCGAAAGGCGGUGACGGAUAGCGAAGACGGAAUAGAAUACGAUCAAGCCAACAGACUGCCGCUAGCCAAUCUGAUAGACCUGGCUGUUGCCGCAACUGGUAAGACACGGGAACAAGUCUGCUCAGAGUGCUCCGGCAUGAACAAGCUACAAUUCAAGGAGUAUCUGGCGCAUCAGCUGAUAGCAAUAGUUGCACCCAUCCGGGAAGAAUACGCUCGUCUUGAGAGCGAUAGGGGUUAUGUCGAUGCGGUACUCAAUGAGGGCUCGUCGCGGGCGUCUGCCAUAGCUGAGCAGAACAUGGUUCGUAUCAAGGAAGUCAUAGGAAUAAAUUAAAUCAUGUCUUUCACUUGUAGUGCCGGUAGUGUUCACACACCUGCACCUGGACAGGACGCACUCUACUGUCCUCUACUUUGGAUCUACGGUUAGGACUUUCGGACUUGUCCUAUUAAUGGGCUGUAGGACGCCGAACGGGUCUAUCUGACGAGACAUGUGAGAGCUAGAUUUGGCAUAAGGGCUAGUCCGUCCCGGUAGUAGGACUACAGACCACGAGUCGAGUAUCUUGUACUAUGCGUAGUUGAGGUAGCAAAAAAUCUACUUCAGUUGAAGCAAUAGUAAACUUGGUGGACGGCCUACUACACAUUACUUAAUAUGCAUUGAGAACUGUGAUACACGCCGUCUGAU